AUGGAUAUUCGCACGUUAACAGAGGAAUCGGAGCCAGGGCAACUGGUCUCAACAGCGGCUUCAAAAGACAACCCAAAGGCCAUGGCGUCCAGUCAAUUAGAGCAUAUGAAGCUAGAACCAGAACUUCUCCUAGACAGCCAACUUUCAAAUGAUACAGAGCAACAACCACGUCAGAGUCUAGCACCGUCUAAUGAAAAUGACAAGACAAGUAAUAAGGGGUCAACCGAUUCACCGUCGCCUUCUCCCUACUACCAAAAUGUGCAAAACACACAAGCGACCCAUGACAAUGCUAGCAAUAGCUACAGUUCUGAUCAUGAUGCACAUAUACUAAACAAACCAAAAAGACAAAGGCGAAGCUACAGCUGUGGGCCCUGCAAAAUGCUAAAGAUCAAGUGUGAUUUACAGGUUCCUUGCACUUCAUGUAAAAAGUUCAAACGAGUUAAUAGGUGUUUGUUGCAACCUCCACAGCCUCCGUCACAAGAGGAACUAAGCAAGAUUAAAGAACGAAAGAAGCGAACAAUGCACAAAAGGUUGAAAACGUCCAAUGACAUUGUACAUGCGUUUAACGAUAAUCAAAAUUCAAUACCAUCAUUGCUCUCAUCCAUUCAAUCAAGCACAAAGCUUAUGGAGCAACAACUGAGAUCCUUUCACGAGCACAAUGGUCACCAACAACUGCAACAUUCAGGUGGCAAUGACAAUUUUACCUCGGCCCAUAUACGGCAAUCGCAUUUUUCCAAUUUGCAACCAGAUACUACCAAUGGUAUGCCUACUCAUCCUAUAUCGCACAUCAGCUCGAACUACAACGAGCAACCACGAGCCACCUUUUCUGACGAAAAUAAGCGGUCACAGGGCGAUUUGAUUGAUACGUUGAUUUCUCAAGAUUACCAAAAACAUAUCGAGUUGAGCAUGGUAGAUGUCAAGAGAAUCAAGAGAUUGUUGCCAAGCAAGUUUGAAGCAGUCGAGCACCUUUUUGAUUUGUACAUUAAUACGAUAAAUUCGGUGUUCCUAGACAUACAAGAUCAUGAUGAAAUUAUGAGGCAGGGACGCAUCAUAUACAACAAACUUGUAUCAAUUGACGACGACAACGUGAAAAAUCUCAGCAAAAGUGUAGAGUUCAACGUUGUUGAAUUGAGAAACUUGUCGUUGAUUUUCCUUAUUCUUGCCAGUGGGUUUUUAUUUGAAAAUGUGGAGAAUAUAUCUUGUAACUUUUUAUUUGAUUUGAGAACAAUCUACAAAGAUGACUUGAUUCAAGAUUGGGUCAAAAUUGCAAAGUUUAUCAAACUCAAAUUGUUGUCUUAUGAAUCGUUGACGGAUUUGAUUUACUUGAUGGAUUGGUACUUCAUUAUAAAGAAUUUGUACACUUACGAUAACAUGAUUGUUGAUAACUACUUGGAAUUUAACAAUUUAUUGAAUUAUCUUGUUUUGAAUAACGAUUUCAUUGCUUUAAUUGAAGACACUGGCGCCGAAGUGUCAACUCCUACAGGCUCGCCACAACCACAGAAAGAGGGACAAUAUAAAGCGGAUGAGGUGAGACGUAAAACGUACUCCAAGUCAAGAGAGUUUUUAUUACUAGGCAAGUAUUGGAUUCAACUUAGAAUGAUUGAGUUGGAAUUCACGUUUUUCCAAUACAAAGGGUCAAUGUUGGUAUCUAAUCAGUUGAAGAAUUCCAUUGUCCCACAUGCGGAUGUAUUGGAAAUAAUGUAUGGGCCCAAUGGCGCAUAUGCUACAUCUGCUUUGACGAAACACCAGAUUGCGGUGUGGAGCCUUUACUACACGAGAUCGGGUCAAUCUACAUCAAUCAGACGCAUAGUGAAGGACUAUUUAAUGUUGUAUAGCAAUGCAUCGCUAUUGCUAAAGGAUGACUUGAAAAUGGUUGAAGCCAAGUUUUGCACCAUUGGCGAGAAUGCGCCACAGCCAAAGGUUACUGUUGACGACGCGGAAACAUUAUUGAAGAACCAACAGAUUUUGCUUUUGUUUGUGAGGUGGCUAUCAUUUAUUCGAAUCGAGUCUAACUACUUUCCUAGUUUGAGAUAUUCAUCUUUUUUAACAACAAUGAUAAACUUGAACAAUCACUUUAAUGUGCUUGAAAAGUAUUAUAAGGAUGACGCAACAGGAGGAAACUUGGUUGACUUUAUACUUUCAAAUUUCCCCUUGCAUUUUAUAAAGUCAUUCUUGCUAAGUUUGACAUAUCAGGCGUUAUUUUUGAUUUUUUUAAAGUAUUCCCUUAUUCAGAAAUCAAGAACGAAUGUCACUACUUUUAAGAUCCGGUUGGAUGAGAUAUACAACGACGUUCUCGGCUCGUUUCAAAAGACAUUGGACAAGUUUGUGGCAAGUCCCAAAAUGAAGGAGUAUUACACCUUUAUUCCAGUUUUCCGUGUCAAUAUGAAUUUCUUACUUGAUGCCAACCAUAUUCUCAACGAAGAGCCAACAACAUUUCAGAGUCAGCGAGAUUGUAACUCACAAAAACAUAUACCUCCAUUGGCUUUCAAGGACUUGACUGAUUUACUCUACCAGUUGAAAGCUGAGUUCGAUCCGGAACAUUGGGAGUUUCUUACCAACGUUUAUUUUGGAUCGAGAGAUAACUUUUUUCGGUACGUGGAAAAAGUAUGGGAUUUGUUUCAAUUUUUAUUAAGCAAUGCUUCUACGCCGGGAGAUGGUCCUGGCGCACAAUUGACCAAGGAUAUGGUUAUCUGCAACGACUUGAGAUUCAAUGAUGAGUUGAUCAGGAAUCAUAGGGGUCAGUUAAUGGGUUUGGUGUUUGACCACAAUGUAGUUGAGGAGUAUAUGAGACUUAAUGUCGAACCCAAUAUCGACGAUUAG